GCUCGCCUCCAACUCAAAUCUCCCACUUCUCAUUCGUUUUUAUUCCUUUCGGAUAUUCAAAUUCAACCAAAGAAAACAAAUAGAAGCAGUCCAACUUGAACUGAAAUACAAGAAUAACAGUCCAUCAGCUACUUCUUGGUUUCCUUUCAAAGCCAACAACCCUCUUCACCUCCCUCAUUUCUCUGCAACAAUCUUCUUUGAGAAAGAAAGAAAAAGAAAACAGAACAGAGCAUCAAUCAGCAGAAGAUGGAGAGUGGGCUGAAGCCAAUGGAUGCUGAGCAGCUCAGAGAGAACGCCCACAAGAUGGUAGAUUUCAUUGCUGAUUACUACAAAACCAUAGAGAAUUUUCCUGUUCUCAGCCAAGUGCAGCCGGGAUAUCUCCGGGAACUUUUACCGGAUUCUGCACCUACCCAUCCCGAGCCUUUGCAACAUAUUUUUGAUGACAUUCAUGCUAAGAUAUUACCAGGGGUUACCCAUUGGCAGAGCCCAAAUUUCUUUGGGUACUACCCUUCCAACAGCAGCAUUGCUGGAUUUUUAGGUGAAAUGAUGAGCGCAGGCUUAAACAUUGUUGGGUUCAGCUGGAUAACUUCUCCUGCUGCAACUGAACUUGAAAUGAUCGUAUUGGAUUGGUUUGGUAAAAUGCUUAAACUACCUGAAGAAUUUCUUUCAGCAGGAAAAGGUGGUGGAGUGAUACAAGGCACAGCAAGUGAAGCUGUUCUUGUUGUUCUGUUGGCAGCUCGUGACAAGAUUUUGAGGAGAGUAGGAAAAAAUUCCCUUGAGAAGCUUGUUGUCUAUGCAUCUGAUCAAACACAUUCAGCUUUGCAAAAAGCUUGUCAGAUAGGGGGAAUCCAUCCCGAGAAUUGCAGGCUGCUGAGGACUGAUUCUUCUACUGAUUAUGCCCUUUCUCCCAAUGUACUUAAUGAAGCGAUUUCAAACGACGUCACCAGUGGUUUAAUUCCAUUUUUCCUAUGUGCGACAGUCGGUACUACUUCAUCAACGGCUGUUGACCCUUUGCCAGAUCUGGGAAAGAUUGCAAAGAGCAAUGACAUGUGGUUCCAUGUGGAUGCUGCAUAUGCUGGUAGUGCUUGUAUAUGUCCAGAGUACCGCCAUUACAUUGAUGGUGUUGAAGAGGCAGACUCAUUUAACACAAAUGCACAUAAAUGGUUUCUCACGAACUUUGACUGUUCUGUGCUCUGGAUCAAGGAUAGAAAUGCUUUGAUCCAGGCUCUGUCUACAAAUCCUGAGUUCCUGAAAAACAAGGCCUCUCAAGCAAACCUGGUUGUGGAUUACAAAGAUUGGCAAAUCCCACUUGGACGUCGGUUUAGAUCAUUAAAGCUAUGGAUGGUGCUGAGACUUUAUGGUCUGGAAAACCUACAAUCAUAUAUAAGAAACCAUAUUAAUUUAGCUAAACACUUCGAAGAGCUCGUUGCUCAAGACCCCAGAUUUGAGAUUGUUACUCCACGGCUAUUUUCAUUAGUUUGUUUCCGUCUUCUGCCCCCUCAUAACGACGAAACAUGUGCUACUAAACUGAAUCAUGGCCUAUUAGAUGCUGUGAACUCAACCGGGAAGAUUUUUGUUUCUCACACAGUCCUGUCAGGGAAAUACUUGUUACGUCUUGCAGUAGGAGCUCCAUUGACCGAGGAGAGGCAUGUGAAUGCAGCAUGGAAGCUUUUGCAAGAUGAGGCUUCUGCCCUGCUUGCAACUCUUUAGUAUUUAGGAUGAAUUAUAUCUCUCUAAAUUCAAUUCAUUAACAAAAGCCAAAUACUGCCCUUGGAUACCAUCUGAAUGCUUAAAAAGAUUUUCUUAUUUAUACAAACAAGAAGAAAUUCUUGUAAAGCACAAUAAUAUGUUGAAUCCUUCGGAGAAGUGACAUACAUUUUUCAGGUACUUUUUAAAAAAUAAUAAUAAUAUGCACAAUAU